GGGGCGGGCGGGCGUGUUCGCGACGGCGCCCGCCGUCCCCCCUCAGAGGGGCGCUGGCGCGGUAGCGGCGCUCCCGCCUCAGCCGGGGAGGGCGGCGCGGCUCGGCUCGGCGAUGAGCGGCGCCCAGGACGAGAGCCCGGAGGCCGGGGCUGGCCGGGCCGGCGAUCGCCCGGCGGCCGAGCCUCCCGGCGGCGCCCUGAGCGUGGACGUGCCGGGGCUGCUGGCGCAGCUGGCGCGCAGCUUCGCGCUGCUGCUGCCGGUGUACGCGCUCGGCUACCUGGGCUUGAGCUUCAGCUGGGUGCUGCUGGCGCUGGGGCUGCUGGCCUGGUGCCGCCGGAGCCGCGGCCUCAAGGCGAGCCGCCUGUGCCGCGCGCUGGCGCUGCUGGAGGACGAGGAGCGCGCCGUGCGCCUGGGGGUGCGCGCCUGCGACCUGCCGGCCUGGGUUCAUUUUCCAGACACUGAAAGAGCAGAAUGGCUAAAUAAGACUGUAAAACACAUGUGGCCUUUUAUUUGCCAAUUUAUAGAGAAGUUGUUUCGAGAAACGAUUGAGCCAGCCGUGCGCGGAGCAAACACCCACCUUAGCACCUUUAGUUUCACGAAGGUUGAUGUGGGUGAACAGCCUCUUCGGAUCAAUGGUGUUAAGGUGUAUACUGAAAAUGUAGACAAAAGGCAAAUUAUUCUGGACCUUCAGAUUAGUUUUGUAGGAAAUUGUGAGAUUGAUUUGGAGAUUAAGCGAUAUUUUUGUAGAGCUGGUGUGAAAAGUAUACAGAUUCAUGGUACCAUGCGAGUGAUCUUGGAGCCAUUGAUUGGAGACAUGCCUUUAGUUGGAGCUUUAUCUAUAUUCUUCCUUAGGAAACCACUUUUAGAAAUUAACUGGACAGGACUGACUAAUCUUCUGGAUAUCCCUGGAUUAAAUGGUUUAUCAGAUACUAUCAUUUUGGAUAUCAUAUCAAACUAUCUGGUGCUUCCUAAUCGAAUCACUGUUCCUCUUGUCAGUGAAGUUCAAAUAGCUCAGUUACGGUUUCCUAUACCAAAGGGUGUUCUAAGGAUACAUUUUAUUGAAGCUCAGGAUCUUCAGGGGAAGGAUACUUACCUUAAGGGACUUGUCAAGGGAAAAUCAGACCCCUAUGGGAUUAUUCGAGUUGGCAACCAGAUCUUCCAAAGCAAGGUCAUCAAAGAGAACCUUAGUCCAAAGUGGAACGAAGUGUACGAGGCUUUAGUAUAUGAACAUCCUGGACAAGAAUUAGAGAUUGAGCUCUUUGAUGAAGAUCCAGACAAGGAUGACUUUCUAGGAAGUCUUAUGAUUGAUCUUAUUGAAGUUGAAAAGGAGCGCCUUUUAGAUGAAUGGUUCACGCUGGACGAGGUGCCAAAAGGAAAGCUGCACUUGAAACUGGAGUGGCUCACAUUGAUGCCAAACGCUUCCAACCUUGAUAAGGUGCUAACAGACAUCAGAGCGGAUAAAGACCAAGCCAAUGACGGUCUUUCUUCUGCACUGCUGAUCUUGUAUUUGGAUUCAGCAAGGAACCUUCCGAGUGUCUACGAGGGAAACUUUGGGUGUGGCUACUUAAAGGAGAGGCGAGCUUCGGGACUAGUGUUUUGUGAAAAUACUACCUCAGUCUAUAGAGCACUAUUUAGUAACCCAUUAGAAUUUAACCCUGAUGUCUUGAAGAAGGCUGCAGUUCAGAAAGCUUUGAAGUCAGGGAAGAAAAUAAACAGCAACCCAAAUCCUCUUGUCCAAAUGUCAGUUGGGCACAGGGCCCAAGAGAGUAAGAUUCGGUACAAAACCAAUGAACCUGUGUGGGAGGAAAACUUCACUUUCUUCAUUCACAAUCCCAAGCGCCAGGACCUCGAAAUUGAGGUCAAAGAUGAACAGCAUCAGUGUUCUCUGGGGAACCUGAAGAUCCCCCUCAGUCAGCUCCUUGCAAGCGAUGACAUGACCGUGAAUCAGCGAUUCCAGCUCAGUAAUUCAGGUCCAAACAGCACUAUAAAAAUGAAGAUUGCCCUCAGGGUACUCCAUCUUGAAAAGCAAGAAAGGUCCCCAGACUACCAACAUUCAGCUCAAGUAAAACGACCCUCUGUUUCCAAAGAAGGGAGGAAAAUGCCCGUCAAGUCCCAGGUGUCUGUAUCCUCAGGCACCGGGGGCAGCAGCACGGCUCCUUCCACUCCGGUCCUUGGGGGUGGAGAUAAGCCUGGUGUGGAAGACAAAGCCCAGCCGCCUGAAGCCAGCCCAACGGCCCCGCGUGACUUGGGCAGAAGCUCCUCCAGCCUCCUGGCCUCUCCGAGCCAUGUCUCAGCGAAGGAGCCCACCCCUAGCAUAGCCUCUGACAUAUCAUUGCCCAUCGCCACCCAGGAGCUGCGGCAAAGGCUGCGACAGCUUGAAAAUGGGACGACGCUGGGGCAGUCUCCGCUGGGGCAGAUCCAGCUGACCAUCCGACACAGCUCACAGAGAAACAAGCUCAUCGUGGUCGUCCACUCGUGCAGAAACCUCAUUGCCUUUUCUGAAGAUGGCUCUGAUCCAUAUGUUCGCAUGUAUUUAUUACCAGACAAAAGGAGGUCAGGAAGGAGGAAAACGCACGUGUCAAAGAAGACAUUAAACCCAGUGUUUGAUCAAAGCUUUGAUUUCAGCGUCUCGUUACCCGAAGUGCAGAGGAGAACCCUGGACGUGGCUGUGAAGAACAGUGGCGGCUUCCUGUCCAAAGACAAAGGGCUUCUUGGCAAAGUGCUGGUUGCUCUGGCAUCUGAAGACCUUGCCAAAGGCUGGACCCAAUGGUAUGACCUCACAGAAGACGGGGGGAGACCACAGGUGGUCACGUAGCCACACCGGACGUGAGGCACCCUCCUGGGCGCAUCGCGCGCCUCUGCUCAGAACACAGCCCUCUCACAGAUAAACCAACAUUAUUUUUAUAGUUUCAUGUAUUUAGUUAUACAUACCUUAAUAGUUUUAUAGAACUGUUGCCAUACGAGGCAAAUCUGGCCAACAUGAUCAUGAAAUUUUGUUUGUUAAAUUUCCUUUAUGAUUUCACCAGUUAUGACAUUGUGCAAUAGGGUAGUAGUUAAUUGUGUUAUGUAAACUGUGUCAGCUGUAUCUAAGGAAACGUAUAUAUGUACAUGCUUUAUUGUUGCCUUGUUUUGUAUAUCACUGAGGUGUACUAUGCCAUGUAAAUAGACUCUAUUUUUUAUAAUCUCUACAUGCUGAUUUGAAUUCAGAAGAAAAUGGAUCAAGGAAAUAUAUAUUUUCUUCUAAAACUUAUUAAAUUCUUGUGACAAAUAAUCAUUUUCAUCUUUGCAACAAAAAGUUCUGACAGUGACCUAUUUUGUGGUGUUUCUUUCUAAAUAGAAAAACUUCAAGAUUAUUAAUAUUCGUAUAUUUCUGCCCAUUAUGAAUGAUAAGGUAUUCAAAAUAUUAACAUUUUCAUAAAUAUAUAGAUGUAUUAUUGAGCAAUCAGUUGAAGGGCUUCUAAGGAAAAUGUUUAAUAACUGAGUAAUAUAAAGGAUUAAGAGAGCUGUCAUGGUUUAUAAACCUUAAUGUACUAAUCUGAUAUUUCUUACAUAGAAUGAAAUGUCUUAAGUUUAUUUUUAAUUGGUUAUUGUAACUUAUUCAUGAAAUAGUGCACAGAUACACACAUUAUACUUUUCCUAAAAUAGAGGGGAACAGGCUUUCAACGUUGGCAAUUAAGCUGUUGUGCCCUAGUCGUCAUGGGCUGUGUUCAUUUCUAGUGCUUCCCAGUCCAGGAGAGCUGCAUGAUGUUGUCCUGAAGGCGAAGUGGGUCCGGGCGAGUGGGUAGGAUAUUGCACUACAAACUGAUAGCUCAUGCACCCCCCUGCUAGAGUGAGCAGAACCUAGUUGUACCUCAUACAUAGGAUGUGUCAUCUUUGAAGUGGGGUGUGCUGUCAUCCUGCCGAUGCACGGGCCCCUGCAAGAACCCAGGGGUUUGACCAGCAACCAGCUCCGCAGCUGUUGGUUUUAAGUCACCCUUCACCCUUCAUGGGAUUCCCUACUUUAAGCCAUGACUGACUUUAAUCAUGGGGUGUGGUUAUACAGUUUUUAUCUUGAAAUUGUUUUUUCCUUUUUAGACUGCUAACAGCAUGUCUUGUAUACUUAAGAAUACCCCAAACCUCUUGUGAGGUGAGGCUGUAUGGCAGUGUCGUGAGCUAUGCAUGUCUAUAAACAAAGCACGCACAUAUGCAGAAAGAUUUUUAAGUGUCUAUUUUAAGCUGUGUGAUGAAAAUAGCCAUGAGAACAUUCUAAACUAUGUAUCCACGUACCGGGGAACACGUAGCUUUGUAACUGAAAUUGGAGAUGUUACCUUACGUCAUUUCACAAUGAGUAACUGAGGGACACUCCUAUGACCAAACAUACCAAAGUGCCUAUGGUGGAUGCUGGUGGUCGUUUCUGCACUCCUCCCUGGCAGCAGAUUCCACUUCGUUUCAGUUUAUAGCUUACACUUUGAACCAUGCGUUUAUUUAUAGGCUGUUGAUAGCUUCACAACGCAUUUCAUGUUAAUCAUAAAGACCAGUACAAUCUCACCGUCUCCUGUUUAAUGGCACUUUAUCCUGAGGCCACUUUCUAAAUAAUUUCCUAUAAGUGUGUAGCAUUGAUCAUUCUAGGGGGAAGUUGGUGGAUUUGUUGCACAUACAUAUGAACCUGUAUGCAGACAGAACAUUUAAGGUAUUUCAGUAGCAUGAGAAAGACAAGUAAUAGCUUGUCAAAUCUACCUGCUCACCCAUGCUGUUGGACUUUUUGAAGGUUUGUGUUUUUUUGUUUUUGUUUUUUUUUUAAUGAGGUCUCUCGAAGGGCUGCAGUCACUAUCUAUAAAAGCAGAAAAACACUUGCUAGAAUUUCAUCAUGCCAGUACUUACCAGCAUCCUAAACAUCUGGGUUUUACACCCCUCUACUUAAUCUGUUCAGUGUGUAUUCUACUUACAGGGAUGCUUUACUUACGCAAAAAGGCAAGACAAACACAACUACAGGUACGAAGCCCACGGGAAGCCAGUUUCGUAGCACAGUGCACUGACCUCUGGCUCACUGAGGUUGGGAGGGCCUCUCAGGGGUUGCACACAAGGUUCCCCCCUGCAGGUGGUGGGUAGCCACCUCUGGGGCUGUCUCCACUCUCUGAACAGAAGGAAGGAAAGGGGAUGACUCCAAGGCACUGGAGCCCUCCCAGAUGAGCCCUCCCUUUGUGUUGUGUGGGGAAGGUUAAGAAUUACCUUCAAGGCCAUACUCUCAGCACUCCAGGAUCCUAAUGGUGAAACACUUUCAAGUUGUUCUCAAAAUGCUAGUUUUUAGUUUUAAUAACCGACUUAUCUAGGAAAAGAGAACUCUAACUUGUCACUUUAAGCCAAACCAAUGGAGGAAAAUUAACUGAGACAAAUCGGAAGUGCAGCUCUGUUAGCUUGUAUGUGUGGGUUGCUUUUCCUGUGCCUUAAAGUCCAAAGGUGUUGUUUUCAAGUGUCAGACUAAAACAGAAGAAGCCUUGUAGCUAUAUUUGCCACAAUUUAUAUUCUGUACUCUAAUUCCUUUUACAGAUAUUCUUUAUCAAGCUGUCAGUCCUUUUUCAGGAACCUAAGCCAAAUGCGAAUCAUUGUGUAUAGCUGUGCACUUAUUGCUACAUUAAUUCCAGUUCUUGCUGGAUCACCCACUGCAAAUGGAGAACAGCAGAGGGUUGUUUUUUUUUUUUUUUUAAUUAUAGAAUGUCUUUUUUGGUCAACUAAUUUUACAUGACAGUGCACGUAUUUAUUCAAUAAAACUUUUAUGUUAGCUCAA